AUUACUUUACGCCCUUUCAAUACCGGAUAUCCUGUUAUGCUGCUAUAGUUAGCUUGAAAGUAGUCAAUCCUACAGGUAGUAUCCUGUUUUUCAGGUUUAUGUACUCUUUGGCGACAUUUCCAAGUUGAUAAAAAUAAAAAACCCGUAGUUGGUCAGCUCGCUAAGCGCGAAACGUCACUGACAAUAUGACUAAGCACGAGUUUGAGGUGGCGAUGACCUGUGAAGGGUGCUCUGGAGCUGUUACUAGAAUCCUCAACAAGCUUGGAGAUGUGAAGUUUGAGAUCGACCUGCCCAAGAAGCUGGUUUGGAUUGAGUCAGACAAGGAUGUGGAUGUUCUCAUGGAGACGCUGAAGAAAUGUGGAAAGGAAGUCAAGUAUAACGGCACUAAAUGAAGGAGUCUGCUUCCUAUGUUUAACAGGAAACCCUGCUGCUGUAAAGUGAAGAAUUAAGCUAGACUUGAAAUCAAUUACCAGGAGACCCCAAAGAUGCCACGCCUCAUCAACCCAUAUGCUUGGAAAAGACCUGGGAGGCCAGCUCUCUCAGAUUGAGCUCCCCCAUUUCAAGUUGACAGUUGGCAAAUAGCUCUUGGUGGAGGAUGUUAUCAUGCAUUUAGGUUUGGAAAAAAGAAAAAAAAACUUCUAAUUUCUGUCCUGGAUUGAUUGUUGGAUGUUUUUGUGGUGGUAUAAAAUUUUGUAUUUGAAAUCCUGUUCUUUAUCCAAUUUGCUAUAAUUUUCACGUUGUGUUUUGGGCCUUAGUGUAAGAGCCAGAGUGGGACACCCCCUGCAGUUUGGAAGACUUUCAGUUGAAGCUUAAAGAAUGUCUGUUACUGUUUGUGGUGAACAUUCUCUUAAACCUGCUAAACGAUCCAGAUAGUCUUCCUUCAGAGCAGUUCAAGAACAUUCCCUGUAAGUGUUUUAAAUAAAAUGAACUGUUGCUCCUUUUGCUUUUACAUUGACUCAGUAUUAUUGACAGCAAAUGUUAUCCGACACUGCUUCGUGGAUAAUAUCUAUAGUUAUAAUUUGGGGUGGAAAGAUAACCAUGUUUUACCGUUUAAGGACUACCACUUUUUUACACUACAAGUCAUCAGACAUUGUAUAAAUCAUAAUCAUGUAGAUUCGAUUACUGGCAUCUGUGUAUCUGUGUUUAUAUUACCACCUUCCUUCUCCUGAAGUAAAUAAAUUUGAUUCUCAGACUGUCAUAUUCACGCACAAUGGAAAUAAAAUCAAUUAUGUGUCAAA